UCCCCAACAGACCACAGCACCUGUUUACUCGUACUACAUCCUAGCUCAAAAAUCUGGUCACACAAGUCAUCCAUCGAGUAUGGCCUCGAGACCCGCCGCCGUGUCCUCCCUCGCGCUCCUCGCGCUGCUCCUCUCGUGCGCCGUCACGAUGAGCAGCGCGGCACGGAGGCUGGAGGAAGAACCGGCGCCCAAGGAGGAGGAGCCGGAGUUCCCGCCGCACCUGACCGUGCCGGAGCUGCCGGUGCCGGAGCACGAGCUGCCCCCGCUCCCGGAGGCGCACCUGCCGCCCAAGCCGGAGCUGCCGCCGCUACCGAAGGUCGAGCUGCCGCCGAAGCCCGAGAUGCCCGCCAUUCCCGAGCUCCACUUCCCGGAGCCGGAGGCGGCCAAGCCAUGAUGAUGCAGCACGAUCAGGGCUGCACACCCUACAGCAUAUACGCCCCACUCGUGACGUGUUCCCUCGUACGUACUUGUGUACUUGUACUGCGUGUGGUGUCUUGCCUUGUGUGUUCUUGUAGCGUGGUUUCCAUUUCUCUCAGCGCGUACUUCGUGUAUAUAUAGCUUUGUUGAUUACAUGUACGUCAUGGAUUCACACCUACAGAUAAAUAAGUAAUUUUAUUUGCGAAAAACAA